GUGACGUGAGCAGGUCCUCAGCGACACGGUGGCGAUACACGCCGCCCGCCCACUCCUGGACCAGGUGCUGCGGGAGUCAGAGGAAUGUUUGUCCCGUUUUCAGCCUCUUUUUUAAAAAAAUUUUUACUCGCUGUCAGUUUGGCCAGUUUUUUUUUCUGUCCUCCAUCGGAUUUGAGACAGGACCAUGAAUCUGAGCUCUCUCUGUGAUUUUCAACAUUCAGACUAACCGAUGUGUUAGGACUCGUCCAACUCAUCGUUUCUGAGCAGCCCAUGCACAUGCGUGACAUCAUGGGCAGCUCCCCAGAGGUGCUUUCGUGGACUUCCUGCCCCAGUCUSCUGGUGGGUAAGCUGAAGGAGGAGCUGAAACUCACUGUGGUCGGGGACGCCACGAAGAAAUCAAACUCGRCCAACUCCCAACCCCAACCUCCUCAGGCCCCACUCUCUAACUUCCCUCCUCAGAUCAUCACCGACCUCGCUCCGCCGACAAACCUCCCCGCCCCGCUGCACGCGCCCGGCCAGGACGAGGACUCCGCGUUGGGCGGCCUCAGUCCGGCGAACGCGGCCCUGAGUGUGGACUCGACGCGGAGCGAAGGCGGGCACUUCGACAACAGCGUGCUUCAGCUGCAGGAGCACGAGGACGCGGGGUCGCCGGCAUCCUGCGAGCACGGCGGGGGRGGCAGCGGCGUGGACGAGCAGGCGGGCGACGGGGACGGUCCCGUGGACCAAAGUGGGGAGGGGAGGCCGUGCCACCCGCACCACCCUGACGACAUCAAGCUGCACUUCCAAAGAGUGGGGCCCGGCUCCGGCGGCUUCUUGGAGGGGCUGUUCGGUUGUCUUCGGCCCGUGUGGAACAUUAUAGGGAAAACGUAUUCCACAGAAUACAAGCUGCAACAGCAAGACAUGUGGGAAGUCCCGUUUGAGGAGAUUUCGGAGCUGCAGUGGCUGGGCAGCGGUGCACAGGGAGCCGUCUUCUUGGGCAAGUUUCGCUCUGAGGAGGUGGCCAUCAAGAAGGUGCGAGAGCAGAAAGAGACGGACAUUAAACACCUGCGAAAGCUCAAGCACCCCAACAUCAUCAGCUUUAAGGGUGUGUGCACCCAGGCUCCUUGUUACUGCAUCAUCAUGGAGUACUGUGCACAGGGUCAGCUGUACGAAGUGCUGAGGGCGGGGAGGAAAGUGACCCCCAGGCUGCUGGUGGACUGGGCCUCGGGCAUCGCCAGCGGGAUGAACUACCUCCACCUGCACAAGAUCAUCCACAGAGAUCUCAAGUCUCCCAAUGUUUUGGUCACACACAACGACACUGUGAAGAUUUCGGACUUCGGAACGUCUAAAGAGCUCAGCGAUAAAAGUACAAAGAUGUCAUUUGCGGGGACGGUGGCGUGGAUGGCUCCAGAAGUCAUAAGAAACGAGCCCGUGUCUGAAAAAGUCGACAUCUGGUCAUUUGGAGUUGUGUUAUGGGAACUGCUGACAGGAGAGAUUCCCUACAAAGACGUCGACUCCUCCGCCAUCAUUUGGGGUGUCGGCAGCAACAGUUUACACCUUCCGGUCCCCUCCACCUGCCCGGAUGGAUUUAAAAUCCUCAUGAAGCAAACAUGGCAGGGCAAGCCUAGAAACAGACCUUCGUUCCGUCAGAUUCUCCUACAUCUUGACAUCGCUGCUGCUGACGUGUUGGGAACUCCUCAGGAGACCUACUUCAAGUCUCAGGCAGAAUGGAGGGAGGAAGUGAAGAAACAUUUUGAAAAGAUCAAAAGCGAGGGCACGUGCAUCCACAGGCUGGACGAGGAGCUGAUCCGACGCAGGAGGGAUGAGCUCAGGCARGCACUGGACAUCCGGGAGCACUACGAGAGGAAGCUGGAGAGAGCCAACAACCUGUACAUGGAGCUCAGUGCCAUCAUGCUGCAACUGGAGGUCCGAGAGAAGGAACUCAUGAAGAGGGAGCAGGCAGUGGAGAAGAAAUACCCCGGGUCCUACAAACGCCACCUGGUUCGACCCAUCGUCAGGUCCAACGCUGUCGAGAAGCUCAUUAAGAAAAAAGGAAGCAUCUCCCACAAACCUGGACUGCCCCCCACCAAAAGGCCAGACUUGCUCCGCUCUGAUGGCAUCCCCAGCGUUGACCCCCUCCCCUCCCCCUCCCCGCUCUCAGGCAGCCCCAAAGUCUCCACGCCGCCUGGAAAAACCCGCUACCGAAGUAAGCCUCGCCACCGCCGCGCCAACAGCAAAGGAAGCCACGGCGAGUUUCCUGCUGCGCUGAAGCUGGCUGCUGGGGUGCCGGAGGACACCCAGUCCCUGCAGGAGCAGCCGUUCCACCAUCAUCAUCAUCAUCAUCACCGCCCGCCCGCUGAGGGGCAGCUUCUCCCCCUGAAAGGCCGUGAGGAAGCUGUGGUCAACUGUGCCAACAAUUUGCGGUACUUCGGCCCCGCCGCCGCUCUCCGCAGCCCCCAGACUGACCACAUGCAGCGCCUCGUCUCCGGCUCCAGCCCUGACCUCAUCUCCACGGCGAUGGACGUCAACACGCGGCAGCGGACUUCAUCCACCAGCUCCAAUCCCGUCCCGGGGGCUGGUUCUUUGUGUCCCUGCUGCCAGGCUCACCCCCUCCCCGGCUGCCUGCGCUGCCAGGAGACCCCAGCCAUGCUCGGCCACCUGCCGUUACCGCACUGCUCGCUGCUCGGCCCCCAGGAAAGCACCCAGUCCUCCUCGGGGGCACCUGACCAAGAGGCAGGUGGAGACGACACGAAGAAGGCUGAGCCUCAGGAACUGGACCCGACCCAGCCCAAACACCCUCUCCCCUCUUCACUGCCCCGCACCAUCAGGCCUCUCAGGAAGGGUGAUGAGUCAUCUGAAGAGGAGGAGGGAGAGGUGGAUAGUGAAGUAGAGUUUCCAAGGAGACAGAGAGGCCCCUUUCUCCGCCCCCCUCCUGACAGACCUCACCGCUGCAUGAGCAGCUUCCAGUCCUACUCCACCUUCAGCUCCGAGAACCUGUCGGCCUCUGACGGGGAGGAGGGCAACACCAGUGACCACUCCCACAGCGGACCCCUGGAGAAGCUGAGCGCCAGUCAGGAGGAGCACCUGGACGAGCUGCUGUCGCACACGCCGGACAUCCCCAUCGACAUCUCCACCCAGUCGGACGGACUCUCUGACAAAGAGUGCGCCGUCCGCCGGGUGAAGACUCAGAUCUCGCUGGGGAAGCUGUGCUCUGACGAACACAGCUACGAGAAUCCUCUGCAGUUCGGAGACUCGGACUGUGAUUCGUCAGAGGCGGAGUGCUCUGAUACCACCAUCAGAAACAACAAAGUGGCAGCUCCGUCCUCGUGGUGAAACCCGCACCUGUUUUUACGCCUGGCAGCCAUCACGUCCCACCCCCCAAACCAAACCAAACACAGCAAUAAGAGAACAAGAUGGUAGAAUCUCUCCCCUAUAGCAAAGUCAAAUGUAAUCCCCUCAUCGAAGCACUGCACCCAGGCAACCCAUGGCAGGGAAAACCCGUUUGAAUGCUAAUGUACAGUAGAUAGCUUAACACUAAUUUAUUUUGAGUUUUGAGGAGAAAUUCAGGAGUUCUCUGACCUGAGCAGAGGAUAAAAAACAAAAACUGACAUUUUGAAACUAAGCGUGGGCUUACUGUGUGUUAACUGUGACUGGAUGAUGAUGAUGAUGAGAGUGUAUCGUGUUUCUGAGGCCUGACAGCCAUGAGGAGCUGCAUCGCUCUCAACGUUUGUUCGUGUGAAAGUUCCCCCUUAAAAAAACAAAAAACAAACAAACAAAAAAAUACACACCGGGCAGUUUGACCAAACAGCUUCAUUAUGAGUUUACAGCGCAGAGACCCCCCCUCCUUCAUUCUGUCCCCUCUGCGGCUGAAACGGGGGAACAAUGAGCUCAUGGAAACAGUAUGAACACCAGCAUGAACAACUUGGACCUUUCUCCCUCUCUGAAACCUCCAUACGUGUGUCACGAUGCCCCACGCAGCUGAUAAAGCAUGCCUGUGCAGCUCGCACGAUGCAAAAAAAUAAAAUAAAAUAAAAAAAGAACAAAAGCUUUACGAAGUGAAGUGGACGAGCUUCAACAAAAAUAAAAAUCCCCUCUUUAAGACACGCCGUCAGCAAUCAGAUGUCCCGAGUGGAGUUUCUGAGGGGAGUUUUUGUUUGUUUGUGUGUGAGGAUGUGAACAAUAAGCCCCCACUUCCCUCAUCAUUAGACAUUACAGUUUCAAGUCUCAUCUCAGGAGCGUUUGAAGACUGAAACUGGACCGGACCAACUAUCGUAUGAAGGAAUGUUCUUUGACUGGCACAUGGACCGUGCAGGACCAUUUUAAAAUAAAAAAAAGCCUUGAUGUUCAACCCUUUAUCGCUGUAAGAAAUGUUAAAGGAUUUGAGUUGCGAUCCAGGUGCAGUAUCCCUUCGCGUUGAGAGGCGCAGCGUGUCCCACGCCUCGUAUUUUUCUAGAUCAGGAACACAACGAUCGUCGUCUGCUGUUGUGAAACGAACAGCAAUAAAUAAUAAUUCUCACGCAGUUUAGCUCUCAGGUGAGGCUUGCUCAGGAUGCAGGACGUCUAGCUGGCUAGACUUAACCACGCUGACAGGUGGCUCCGGCUUUAAACUCUGUCCAUUUUUUGUUGUUUUUUUACUUUUUUGCCUUUCUGGAGUUCGAUGCUCAGGUUUUGUGUUGCUGAUUGGCAGCAAUAUAUGAACAGCCUCUAGAUGGCGAUGGCUACACGUACUUAUUUUACCUUGUGUAUGUAAAAAAAAAUCAGUUUCCUUUUAACAUUUUCGUCUUAAAAACCCCAGCAAUAUAACUUUUUCCUGCCUGAUCGUCUGAAGAGGGAUACUGCAUUUGUGAAAGCAUUUUUUAAAUCCCCCUUGUCAUAAUCUCAUCAGCCGGAGUUGCAGCGAACGAUAACGGCUCGUGAGUAUCAAGCUAGAGACAAGAGGCCUACAGCUGUUUUUGGUUUCCACAUCUCAGUGUUAUUCCAGUAUAUAAACAAAUGUAAAAAAAAAAAAAAAAAGCAGUGUGGUAUGAUUUUUUUUUUUCAUAUUGUCUCGUAUCACACAGAUCUGGUUUAAAAAUAUGAUAAAGAUGUAUCAGUAUUGAACACUACUCCAGGGAGAUGUAAAAGCAAGGGUGAAUCUGAAACACUGCUGAUGGAUGAAUUCCAUUUUUUUUGCUGGAUUGUUUUGAAAAAACCCCGAGCGCCCCCCGUUUCUCUUGGUUUUGUGAAAUAACCUUGUGUAACGUGACGGGCUGGGUAAUCUGAUCAAGCUCUUAAUGAUAACACUGUCUUCUCUGGCUUACAUCCUGUGAAAUAUGAUUGUUGUGUUUUAAUUUAAGGUUUCUCUAAGUAGCUGGCCUACAUAAUUAAUGAAUUAAUUUAUUUUGAAGGAGUAUUCUUUAUCGUUUCAGGCAGCUUCAGAAAAUGUCAUGACCAAUGUUUUUCCCUUUUUUUAAUGUCCCUAAAAACUGUGGUUUUAAAGGAAGCACAAUGAAGAAGUGUGGGAAGAGGACAGUAUUUGUACGGUAGAACAAAAGCGUCGUAUCAUACAACUCUGCAGGAGGAUCGUUCAUCUUUUAGGUUAUCGUUGAGUACGUAGGCACAAGAAGUUAGAAACAUCCCUAAAGUUUUAUCAUCCCAUCGCAGGCUGUCAGAACCAGCCUGGAGGCACGCGUGAAGCCAAUUUCUCUCAUUCCUCUCAUUUUUAUCGAAAUAUCAAAAACUUACAUCUGAAUUUCUGUGAAUUAGUUUUUCUAACUGUGGACAUCAUGUUACCUCAAUCUAUGUAUCGAACCAUUUUGAUUUUGCUCUCGUUCCCUGUUGAAUGGCAUUAUGAUCAACCAAUCCUGUCAGUUUCCUGUAUUCUUCAGUGUACAGUGCAAUAGGAGAAUAAAAUCAAAGCAAACAACUGCAUGGAAUAAAUGCUGAAGUACUGUACUCAAAA